AUGGUCGAGGCAUCUCACCCAAAGAAAAAACCAUGGAGAGUCAAGGGUUGCUAUAACUGCUCCCAGCGCCGUCUUAACUGUGACCGUGGCACCCCAUGCCAGAAGUGCGUCAAAAAGGGACUCCAAUGUUCCGGUCUCGGCGUACGGUAUCGGUUUAUAGAUGGAGUUGCAUCGAGAGGGAAGUUGGCAGGGAGAUCGAUGCCUGUGUCAGAUACAAAGUGGGACCUACAUUAUUGCUCUUCGAGCAAUUCGUCCUUUGUCUCUGCCCCGUCUCAUGGUUUAGACCAUGUUGACCACCAGUCUCGGUUUCUACUCAAAUACUUUUCGGAGAAAGUUGCACCAGCAAUGGGACCCUUCAACACCGUCUUCAACGGCUAUCGAGAUCUAGUUUUACCUAUGUCGGAGCAAGACCAUACCGUCCAAAAUGCGGUUUUAGCCGCCGCUGCUUCCCAUAUUUCGUUAAAGCAUUGUGAAUGGAAGCCACUAGCUUCCAGGUAUCGGAUGGCUGCCAUUCGAGGGUUGAAUCAGCGGAGUGUCGCAGAGGACCUGAACAAGUCGAUCGAUUACUCGAGUCUGUCAACUAUGGUCCUUCUCCUUGUAGAGCAGAUGAUCAUAGUGGGAUCAGACUUCCAUAUUCUCCUUCGGAUGAUGAAGAGCUUCAUAGAAUCACAGCGGUGUUCUGACAUAGUCGAGACGGAACCUCUAGGAACAUUUUUGAUGCAGCAGAUAAGAAAGAUGUCUCUAUACGCAGGGCCCUUAGUAAUGGGUCUUUCUGCGGCUAAAAGUCUUGAAAAUAUGUCCAACAAGGACCUGGACUUCUUGUUCAGUUGCCUUAAGAUCCACCCGGAGUAUUCUUCGGUCAUUUUCAAAUUAGCCAAUCUCAUCCGUACGGCAGCUCAAAUAUACUUGAGUCGGGCAACCAACAUGCCAAACCAGGUAAUCACAGAACUAGUCCAACAGUUUCUGGCAGACACCACUUCUUAUAAUGCAACAUCACCGGGAGGUCACAUUCUGAUUUGGCCAUUUUUUAUAGUCGGGGCAGAGUGCUCAUCCAAGCAGGACCAGGAGUUUGUCACCAUGCAGUUACAGAGUCUCUGGGAUUGCACGGGCUUUGGAAGCCCGCUCUAUGCGAUCAAGCUGCUGGGAGAUAUAUGGCAGGAAACACCAGGGACGAAUUGGACGCAGACAUUGGUGGAUAAGGUGGAAGGGUUUAUUAUGUGA